AUGGGCUUCUGGAACGAUGGCAUACGGCCAAAAGACCGCGACCGCAGCCGCAGUCCCUCGCGAAAAGUAUACUACGCCUCGCGGCCUGCGUACUCUCGCUCCGGAUCCUCGUUCUUCUCCUCCUUCACCGGUGGCUCGUCGCGGGGCCACCGCGCCCGGCCUCGAUCCGGCUUCAUCAACCGCAUCCGCCGCUUUCUGCGCGAGAUAUACUCGUACAUGCGCCGGCACCCGCUCAAGGUCUUCCUGCUCGUCAUCAUGCCGUUGAUCACCGGCGGCGCGCUGGCCAAGUUGCUCGCCCAGGUCGGCAUAAGAUUGCCGCCUGGCCUACAGAGGAUGAUGGGAGGCGCCACGAGACAAUCGUCGGAACGAUUCUACGCCAGGGGCGGUGCGAGGGAUUUCGACGCAGGUACAGCAUUGCCCGGCAUGGGCGGCGGUAUGGGCCAGAGCAUUUCGAGUUUGAUGGGGAUCGCGAAGAUGUUCAUCUAA